GGAGGAGUAGAUUGAGCAUAACCAAAUGGAUCUUGAGGAAGUUCUUAGAUGGAAAGGGAAAAAGAUGUAUAGGAUGUUUCCACUAGUAAAACCAAAUGAUUUGAAUGUUUUGCCACUAAAAAGUGGUUUGGACAGAGUGUUAGGAUAGGAGAUAUCGGGUGAGAGUAAGUUGAAGUGCCAUUGUGAAACAAUAUUUGAAUCACAAAGGGUGGUGGGUGUAUGGAACAAGCUGCUAGAGGAGGUAGUUGAGGGUGGGACUAUCCCAACAUUUAAGACACAAAGUACAUGGAUAGGUCUGAAGAAGGGUUUCGGCCCGAAACGUUGCCUUUUUCCUUUGCUCCACAGAUGCUGCUGCACCCGCUGAGUUUCUCCAGCUUUUUUUUGUGUAACAUGGAUAGGACAGAUUGGAGGGAUAUGGACCUAAUGCGGGCAGAUGGGAAUGGUGUAGCUGGGAUAUGUUGGCCGGUGUGGACAAGUUGGGGCGACGGGCCUGUUUCCACGCUGUAUCACUCUAUGACUCUAUGACAAGGAUUUUGCCAAAACUGGUGUGCAUGAGUUAGAAUAAACUGAAUAGGCUGAGAUUGCUUUUGCUGGAGCGCAAGUAGAUAUAGAGGUUUGUAAAGUCAUUAAGGGCAUAGAUAAGAUUAAUUAUCACAGUUUUUCCCCAGGAUAGAAGAUAAAGGUUUAUGAUGAGAGAUAAAAGUUACAAGCCAUGUAUUAUGCUGUUGUGUGGUAACAUGAGUUACCUGCAGGAUUGACACAAAAUGAUGGAGUAACUCAGCAGGACAGGCAGCACCUCUGGAUAGAAGGAAUGGGUGACGUUUCGGGUCGGGACUCUUCUUCAGACAGAGCUGCUUCACCCAUUCCUUCUAUCAAGUGAUGCUGACUGUCCCACCGAGUUACUCCAGCAUUUUGUGUCCAUCUCCGGUGUAAACCAGCAUCUGCAAUUCCUUCCUACACAUUAUUCUGUUGUGCUGCAGCAAGUAAGAAUUUCAUUCUUUUAUCUGCCACAGAUGACAAUAAAACACUCUAGACUCUUGACCAGCAUUGCUUCAUUCGUGGAUAAUUUCCAAAAUACAGCACCAAAAUCUAUCAAAAUGAACAUGGUUUGAUUGUAACUCUGAGUCCAGGCAUUCUUUUUACAUAUGUAGCUUAUAAGGCAAAAUGCUUAAAUACUUUAAUGUGCUUAAGGACAUUGAAGACAAAAACCUUAAGCACAUUGAAGACAAGUAUUUAAGCAUUUUGUUGUGCUUUGCUUCCUGUUCUGCCAUUUAGUAACCAGAGGUGAAGUUGAUUUUGAUUUUCAUUUGUAAUUAUAGAGCAUUUGGCAGUAUUAUGUCCACUAACAUAUUGAAAAGUUCACAUUUUCUUUUGUUUCAGUGAACACUUGAAUCCUCAAGAUAAGAUGCAUCGGGCCAAAAAAGCCUGGUUCUCCCAAAGUGUGAGCAGACACAUUUGUGAUAUUUGGGUCAAUGAAGGUGGGAUUAUUACAAAUUGGUGUGCGGCUGAUUUCUUAUUUAGUAACGAUGCUUCUCAUCCUGACACACAGAGAGUCUUUGAAAGUUUGGAUUUUGUGGAGGACAAUGCCACUGUAUUUCAUGCUAGUUAUCUUGUGGCAUGCGAGGAGUCUGGGCUCAGGGGCAGCGUUGCUAUGGGCCAUUUUCUGCUUCCUCCUUCCUGUCUCCAUAAAGAGAUUAGAGCAGCGAUAGGCAGUUUCAUUUGGGAGCAAGAAAGUGCUUUGCAUAUUCAGCAGCCACAUGAAGUUGCAGUUGCUUCAAGAGAGAAACAACGUGAUGUGUGCCAUGGCCCAGUUAAGGAGAGAAUAGAGCAGGUUGAAAAGGAAGCACCCAAUUGUGGAGACAGCGGAAGCCAGCAUUUAGUCAUUGGAACCCCAUCAUUUGAAGCCGCCCCAUGUCACGUUCAGCAGAUGUACCCUGUCAACAACAUGGUCACCGGUUUUAUCUCUAUUGAUGAACUGAAGAAGUACUCAGGGAAUUUAGACGACUUCAUUCCCGGCUGCGCACAAUAUUCCGUGUGUCGGGUUCAGAGAGAAAGGAACGUCUUCUCACUUUUGAGAUCCAAAAAACGGAAUCCCACCUUCAUUCACACACAUUAACAAAGCUGACAUUAGCCUCAUUUGGGAGGAUUUCAGUUCAGUUACCUCUGGUGAUUUAAACCUUGGCAUAAUGAGCUGUGCUUCAGUGACUGAUGUCAGAAAUGCAAAGAUUAACCCAGAUCUUUCUUUCCUGUGCAAUUGAAGUUCUUGUAUUUAUAUUUGUCUUCAGUGUUAAAAAGAAAGUGUUGGCUUAAAUGCAUAACUUCUUAGAUUUUUAUAUAGAAUUAAAAAGUAAGAAGAUGUUUGUGUUUCUAUUCAUCUCACAAGGAGAAAUGGUCCUCAUUCUGUGUGCAUAUUCAUUUUCAUAUUUAUUGAGGUCUUUUGUAACUUUAAGCAAUUCUAUCAUAUUGUUCAAACUCCCAUUUUUCGUGACUCUAUUAAGUGCAUGGUUUGAAUCUGUUGUAGCCUUUGUUGGAAUGAGAGUGCGGUAAUGGUGCGGGCAGCUGAUUGUUAAACACAAUAAAAUGAUUUGCUUCUCAGUUAUUGGAUUUUGGAGAUGUGGUUAAACUUGCUUUCAACUAAGAUACAUGUGAAAAUACCUGGGGCAGAUGAUUGAGUUUUCAUUUAAAGAGUUUGUAGUGAGUAGUAUCUGCCACAGGAGGGCAAACCAACUCUGUUUUAUAAAUAAUCUUGCAUCAAACCAACAGCUAACCACUGUGCACUUAUGCAUUUUUAUUCCUGCAUUUGUUUAGUUUAGAGAUACAGCGCAGAAACAGGCCCUUCGGCCCACCGAGUUUACACUGACCAGCGAUCCCCGCACACUUACAUUAUCCUACACACACACACACUUUUACAUUUAUACCAAGCCAAUUAACCUACACACCUGUGUGUGUUUUUUGGAGUGUGGGAGGAAACUUUGGAGUGUGGGAGGAAACCCACGGGGAGAACGUACAAACUCCGUACAGACAGCACCCGUAGUCAGGAUCGAACCCGGGUCUCUGUCGCUGUGAGGCAGUAGCUCCACCACUAUGCCACUGUGCUACCCAUGGCUAGACCGUGGCUCCAUCCAUUCCUCAACCUUCAACAUCUGACUUAGUCAUUCCAACGUAAUCAGCAAAUGGCUCAUCACAAGAGAGCAGAUUGUCGUCAAUAGUUACACCCUUAGUGUUCAGCUAACCUGUCAUGCUUUAAAGUGCGUAUCUAAAGUUGUAAGUGUGAAUUUCAACGAGGUGGAUGCUCUGUUGCAAUGUGGGAAUCUUGUACAGACCACACCCUUGCAAGUAGAUUUGUGAUACCCAUCACAUAAUCUGAAUCAGUAUUUUUCUAGUUACAAGGAAGAACUCUCCUGUUCCCUUUCAAAUUAGUGCCAUCGAAUCUUCUGCAUCUUGAGCAAAGGAGCGAAUGGAGCCUGGCUGUAACCUGAUGUCACUUCUGAGCUGCAGCAAUCCAUCAGUCCUCCACUGAAGAUUCAGUUCAAAUUUCAGUGCUCAAGUGUCUAGAUCGGAGUUUGAACCCACAGUUAUUUACAGAAAAAUGAAAGCCUGAUCGUUGAGUUCCUGAUGCAAUCACACCAUACUUUGAGCAACUUAUUACAAAAGGUUAGUUAUCACCAGCGAACAAAGUCCAAAAUGACAAAGGGGAAAAUUUAGAAAACGUUUCCUUCGCCUUACCAGAAGCUAUUAAGAAAAAACCAGGAAGACUUUUCAUGACCUCAAUGUGCAAGAGUAUUGGACAUUUAAUGGAGUGAUUUGGUGUGUUGUGGUUGCUGUUCUGAGGUAGCAACUUGGGGUCGAGGACAAAUUUCAUCCCAUCAUGUCUUGUGGGUUCUGAAAUGGACAUUGAAGCGAAUGUGGGAAGCACAGCCUCUUACAGGUGGGGUAGGAGGCAUCUGAUAGUAAGGAUAUCUUCACCUGAGAUAGACACAAAAAGCUGGAGUAACUCAGCGGGACUCAGCAUUUCCACUCAUUUCUAACUGCCAGCGUGACAUAAAUCGUCGAAACGUUUACACUAGUGAUUGCUACUAUCUUUACCUGAUCCGGCCUAUAUGUAACUCUGGAUAGGCAGAAUUAUGUCCGACUCUUGACUCGUAUUAAAACUUCCAGCAAGCAUUCAGUUAAAGGUUAAUAAACACUACCCUUGCUCGGGACUCCCACAUCAUGUUACAGCCUGCAUGCAGAAGUAUUUUACAGGCAGCUUCCGUUACUCUGAACACAUCUUGCAAACCUGCAUCUUCCAUCACCAAGAAGGAGAUGUGGGAAUACCACCAUUUGCAGAUCCCUGUCCAAGUUGGAUAGCAUCCUUUUCACUGUACCUUAAUUGGUACAUGUGGCAAUAAACCGACCUUGAAAUUUUGAACGACUGCAGGAAAUUAUUUGGUGUAUAGAAGAACAAUAGUCUCAAGAACCAAUACAAUGCCACAACCAUUCAGUAAGAACGGUACAAACUCUUCACUUCUCAUAGUAUUGGUCUGCAGGACCGAAUAAUAAUCUAAUGUUCAGAUAGUUCUCUGGAGCUCAAUGGGCAUGAGUCUUGUUAUAAAGAUGCAGUUGUACGAGGUUUGUGCAAGGGCGGUCACGGUGGCGCAGCGGUAGAGCUGCCGCCUUACAGCGAAUGCAGCGCCGGAGACCCGGGUUCGAUCCCGAUUACGGGCGCUGUCUGUACGUAGUUUGUACGUUCUCCCCGUGACCUGCGUGGGUUUUCCCCGAGAUCUUCGGUUUCCUCCCACAUUCCAAAGACGUACAGGUUUGUAG